AAGAUGCUCAAUUGAUGGGCGUACUGAGCUGUGCAUUGAAAGGGGAGCUGCGCGUACGUGUUUCAUUGUAGCAAAAACAAAAUAACAUGUUCUCCCCCGGUUAUGUCACAGUUUGUUGCCGCUUUCUGCGCGUCACCCCGCCCGGAGCGCGGCUGGUGCUUUUCUCCUCCCUGCGCUCGCUGACAGGCGGGUUCUGACGAUGCUAUCGCGGCGUUUUAAUGGAGAAAGAAAAAAGAGAAGCUCAUGACAGAAUAACAACACGAGGCUGGCUGCUGGCGACGCGCAUCAGUGUUGAUUAGUUUGAAUCCAGAUGAGUGUGUUUUGCUUGUGAUCUCUCUCUCGCACGCAUGGUGGACGCCUCGGACGGUGCAGCUACUUUGGGAGAACUGGGGUGAAAAUGCACCUGCCGUGAACGCGGACGGAGCAGCCGGAGCACAUGGACAUCCGUUUUACCCCCUUUCCUCUGGAGCUCGCAUUCGACAUCUCCCUCGCUACGCCGCCAUGGAGCAGCUUUCGAUCCACGCCGUUUAAUAUUUACUCGUCCAAACCCACCGGAGGACCAGGAUGACAGCUGAUCGCCCCUCCUCUCCCGGCACUUAAAUAAAAACGCGCUCCAUCUGAAUCCGCUGACCUCGAUUGGACGCCAGAGUCUCCGUUUCAGCUGUGUUCAACAAUAGAUGGAGCGCACAGGGCUGUGACAUUUGGCCGAUUGCCGCCCUCAGCUCUCCUCUCCUGGUCAGGUUACCAACACAGUCCUGGCACCGGCGGCCCUUUAAAUUUCAUUUCUGCUCAUUUUGGAAUCUAAAUUAUCCUUGUGGAGAAGUCCGAGCAGCCUUCUCCGCGUGGAAACUACAUUCCUCCUCUCGCUCUUUUGAUGCCUACUUUGCGUAAAACCCCGUGGCUGGGGAUGAUCCUUGAGUAGCCGAUAAAAUAAUCAGCGUCGCGGUGUCAGCAAGGGUUUCAGCUUCAGGGGAUUUGUGUAGAUUAUCGCCGGACUGCUAUUUUGUUCCCUCGGUCUCACUCUUAGCUGAACUUAGCGGCUUUUGAUCUGCAGCCCUUUUCCCUGCUUUCCUCAGCCGCCUCUGCUAAACGGGGGGGAAAGCCUGUUUACAAGCCUCGCUAUUCACGGGGAGAGAGAGGGGUGGGUUGCAUUCAUAAGCGAUGACUGCCACAGAGGUGUUUGGACCCAGAUCUGAGGAUACGACGAGUCUGGCGCUGCUGCUGCUGCUGUCACCCCGUGGAUGUGGGGGAAUGAGACGCGCUUCGGGACUGUAGUCAACACUCGCUGUUUACGCACCAAGGCUGCCCGGGAUGCCCGUGGCUGUCCGUCAGUAGAUCCGACACAAACGCGACGCAGCAAACCCACCUCUCUCCGGACUCCGUUUCGACAAUCUACCGGGCGGCUACCGGAUGAUGUUUCAGCAAGGAUGCUGCGUUUCCCCGUGAAGAAGAUCAGGAAGCAGUUCAAGCUCCUGCUGCUGCUGGUGCUGCUCACUUCCGCAGUGUGGUUCACCUACCUGCACAUCAACCAGGGCAAGACCAUCAAACUGCACUUCAACUACGGAAAAGAUGGAGAGAGACAGACGGAGGGGACGGAUGCCAGCCGAAAGAGGGACGCUCGCUCCUCAGCUGGACAUCACAAGAGUGAAGACACCAGCGACAGCAGGGAGGACGAGGCAGCAGAUGACGAGCCAAUCACAGGAGGGGCUGAUGGCAGAGACCAUACUCACAUCCGGAAGUUCCUCAGCCAGCACCACAAGAAAUUACCAUGGAAACCAGAGUUUAAGGGCCAGGCCAACCUUCAUGUGUUUGAGGACUGGUGUGGCUCCUCUAUAGCCCAACUCAGAAAGAACCUGCACUUCCCUCUCUACCCUCACACCAGAACCACAGUGAAGAAGCUGGCAGUGGCUCCAAAGUGGAAGAAUUAUGGCCUGAGAAUCUUUGGAUUCCUCCACCCUUACAGAGAUGGUGACUUCCAGUUCUCUGUAUCGUCUGAUGAUAACUCUGAGUUCUGGCUGAGUCCUGAUGAGAGUCCUCUCAAUGCCAGGCUGCUGGUCUAUGUGGGCCAGCUGGGAACAGAAUGGACCGCUCCAGGCGAGUUCAGCAAGUUCAGGUCCCAGUCCUCCAAGUCCGUGCAUCUGAUCUCGUCCAGACGAUACUACUUUGAGAUCCUCCACAAGCAGGAUGACAAGGGCUCGGAUCACGUGGAGGUUGGGUGGCGUCCAUUCCUCCCCGGACUGAAAUAUGAAGUGAUAGACUCGGCCUACAUCUCCCUGUACACAGAUGAGUCCAGUCUGAAGAUGAACAGUGUGGACCACAUCCCACAGACCUUGGCCAGUCACAUCCGUCUCCUGGAGGAGUCUCAGCCAGUCCAGGGUUUGGAGGGAGGCAGCAAUGUGCUGCACGGAGCCGAUAUGCUGAAGCCGGAUCCCAGGGACACCUUCUACAGCACUCCAAUGAUUGACCCCUCUCGUCUGGAAAAUGUUCUUCCAGCCUGUCUUUACUCUCCAACCUACGUAGUCAAAGAUUUUCCUAUCGCCAGAUACCAGGGCCUGCAGUUUGUCUAUCUGUCUUUCGUCUACCCCAAUGACUUCACACGUCUCACCCACAUGGAGCGAGAGAACAAAUGUUUCUACAGAGAGUCGCCUAUCUACUUAGAGAAAUUUGGUUUCUACAAAUAUAUGAAGAUGGAUGAGGAAGAAGAUGACAGACCAUUCUUCUUCCCUAACCCAGAUGAUUUCCUAGAGGAAGAGGAGGUGGUAGAUACAGAGGACGAAGCAGAGAUCAUUGGCACACAGUCCCCCAAGAAGCCAUCUCAUCCCAGCCAGACCAGCCACACAUCUAACCCCUCCCAUCAGCACUCAAAGCCGGGACCAACACAAGCCGGCGGAGAGGAGGAGGAAGAGGAGGAAGACCCCAAUGAAGAAGAGGAAGGAGCAGUCAAUAGCAUCGUACACCGCAGAGAAAGGAGACACUUUCCUCACAGCGAUCGGCAGAUGGGUAGGGAUCUGGACAGAGACUGGGGAAGAGAUCAUACCAAGGGAAGCAUAAGACAGGACACCCGGAUGGGCAUUAAAGAGGCCCAACCUAGGGUUCAUCAACCUGAUAUGGACAGCGUGGUUAGGAGUCGCUCUCUUUCCUGGAUCCACACUGAUCCCGCAGAGCUGGAUCCUGUCAGGAAAGGUGAAGGAACAGGUGGUGCAGGAGCGGAAAAGGGAGCUGAGGCACGACCCAAACUCAGCAAGUCUUCACUUCUCUUCCCCCAGAAGUCCUCCCUCUCUGCCCUUGCAAGUCGAGCCAGGCAGAUCCUCAGCAACUCUGCCCAUAGCAACAACCUCCACGAUAACAGUAAGCUUGGCGGGAACAAGAAGGAGAAGAAAGAAGAAAACAAGAUUUACAUCACCAGACCGAGGCCUGCCAGGGAGAGGGAAAAGGAAAGGGAGAGGGAGAGGGAGCAGCGGCGAGAAAGGAGGGAGGAGAGGAUGUCUCGCCACCCUAGAGAGGUGUUCCCAGGGGUGUUUUUGUACCAAACUGGGAAGACCACAAGGCUGGUCAACCUGGGUGCCAAAGGACAUGGUGGGGGAGGUACAACAGGAGGUAGGAGCCUGAUAAGUGCCCCUCAGCUCUGGCCCAACCCUCCUACAAAGGAAGGUAAGGCAUCUCCUCACAAUGGAAGCAUCAACAUACAGAAUGAGAGUGCACAGAAGUCUUCUAGCAAGGCAGCUGGGGCAAAACAGCCAGAGAAAAGCAAGAGGAAAGGCGAACCCUGGGAUUUAAAGACUACUGUCACGACGGAUCUGCCCAGCAAAGGAGACCUCCUAAUCCACCUGUCCAAUCACCAAGAUCUGCCUCCUCCAGUUACCCCACCAAGGUUAAACUCCACUGAAAACACAUUCCCAGGUCAGUCCCGGGUCACGUCUUACCUCAGGACCUCAGAGAUUACAGAGUCCCAGCAGCAGCCAGACCCAGAACCCAACCCAGUCGACAUUGACCGAGAUACAAACCGCUCUAAUCCCGACCCUGAUCCCGAGCCGGAACCAGAGGAGGGUGAAAUGUCGGACUACAGCUACGAGGAGGUCGAGGCUCGGCCGGGCUGGGCAGAAGAGAGCAUCAACUGGCAGAGGACCUUCUCAGUCAAUCCGAUGGACUUCGAGCUGCUGCGCUCUGACUGGAAUGACCUUCGCUGCAAUGUGUCUGGCAACCUCCAGCUGGCAGAGAGCGAGGUGGUGGACGUGCUGGCGCAGUACAUGGAGAAACUCAAUGAACACAAUGGAGGGAUCUACACCCUGCUGCGAAUCAUCAAUGUGGAGAAGCGACGUGACUCGGCGAGGGGGAACCGCUACCUUGUGGAGCUGGAGCUAAUGGAGAGGGGCCGCAGCGUGUUGCGUCUGUCAGAAUACAUUUACCUGCUGCUUCACCGCGGCAGGCAAGGAGAGGAAAGUCUAGAGAAUACAGACUCUGCCCCGGCGUCGGCACCGGCUUCGGCACCUUCCUCUGCCACGCCCGGCGUCACCACACCGCCACCACCUCCUUCCACGAGGUCCCCCAUCCGGCUGGGAGCGACACCCUGGAGCACUGCCUACGCCAAGCCUCUGCUCUGCCAGCCAGUCAUGCUGCAGUGGAGGAGGGAUGUCAUGGUGCACUUUGUGGUGCCAGUGAAAAACCAAGCUCGCUGGGUGCAGCAGUUCAUCUCCGACAUGGAGAAUCUUCACCGGCAGACAAAGGACGACAACUUUAGCAUCAUCAUCGUCGACUUUGAGAGUGAAGACAUGGAUGUGGAGCAGGCGCUUAGGGAGAGCAGUGUGCCGAGAUAUGAGUAUCUUAGGAGAGAAGGGAACUUUGAGCGCUCAGCAGGACUGCAGAUUGGCGUGGACACUAUUGAGGAUAGUCACAGCAUCGUGUUCUUGUGUGACCUGCACAUCCACUUCCCUCUGAAUAUCUUGGAAAGCAUCAGGAAGCACUGUGUAGAAGGACGCCUUGCUUUUGCUCCCAUUGUCAUGAGACUCAGCUGUGGCAGUUCACCACAGGAGCCUGAUGGUUACUGGGAAGUAAACGGCUUUGGCCUUUUUGGAAUCUACAAGUCCGAUUUUGAUAAGAUUGGGGGGAUGAACACAGAGGAAUUCAAAGAUCGAUGGGGGGGAGAGGACUGGGAGCUGCUGGACAGGGUUCUACAGAAUGGUUUGGAAGUAGAAAGACUACGCUUGAGGAACUUCUUUCACUACUACCACUCCAAAAGAGGCAUGUGGAAUGCCCAAAACAAGAAAACUCCUAAAGGAUAGCGCCCCCUUUUGGUGGGAGGAUCCUAAACCUACCUGCAGAUCCACUGUGUGUGUGUGAGAGAGAGACCUGUAGGAGCUCACUCACUGCCUGAACUCUGCCUUUUUUUGGAAACUGGCUCCCUUCAGGGACACCUGUGUUUCGCCAUCGGGCCCUGUUGUACGUUUGUCUGUAUGAGGAAACUGAGUCCAAACCAGAAAUUUGAAGGUGUUCUCUUUACACAGACAGACCUGAGUCAUCACUUUGCCUCACUGACUGAACUACUGUACAGAGAGAAGCGAGAUAUUUUUGUUUCUCCUUCUCUCUGUCCUUUUUGGUGCAAUGUUUUCAGACAGACUGGAAAGCAGCUGUUUUUGUGAGUGUGUGUGUGUGUUUGUAUGUGUGGGUAAGUGUAAAUAUAUAUAUAAGUGUGCGUGGGUAUGUUGCCGCUUGCGUGUGUGUGCGUGUGUGCGCGUGUGUGUGUGUGUGUGUGUGCUUAAGAUGACAGGAAGCACCUUUUUUCUAACAAGGAGAUGUGAAGACAACCUAAGAUCUUUUUUCUAACAUGCUCUCACAUGGGAGCCUAAUAGAAUGUGUGUCAAAAUGUUAUUCAGAUAGAUUUCAGACAUGGUGGCGUAGCUCGAGUAGAGGAACUCUGUGUUUGGUAAAAGCAGUAUUUCUAAAUACAUCAAAUUACUACCUGUUGGAUAUCAUUUACUAGAAUGACUGAAGUGCUGAACUUCUCCUUACAACUGAUAUUAUGAAAGUUUUCUAAUCAGGAAAAGCCCUUUUUCCCAAACAGAUACAGGUUAGAUCAUAUUUAUAUCUCUUUCUGUCCCUCUCUCUCCUUCUGUGUCUCUUUUAUCUUCAGUUUAUUCCCUUCAUCUUUUCCAAUGUCAUGCUACUGUGUGUAAGUAAUGUCAGUUUAACAUACUACAUUCAUUUUAAUGCAAGGUAUUGGUUAUGACUUGAUUAUUUUUGUUUUUUUGACAUAAAUUUGUUCUGCUGGUAGUUAUUUAAAAGAGGUUUUCAUCUGUCCUGAUUAAGAAUGCACUAAUAUUUGGGAUGCUAUUUCCUGUUCUAAAACACUAAAUUUGUGAAUUGUUCACAUAUUUAAACUCUACUGAAUAUCAUUCAAUAUCCCUUCAAAUCUUAAGCUUUACUGUCAGCUGGAACAGAAGGAGAGCAGAGGACAACGGAAAGCUUUCUGACGUUUGAUUUAAUGUUAUUAUACCAUUUGUUUAAACACUUUCUGAGCUGGGUGUUGCGUUUCAAAUAUUGGAUUUGAGGGAUGAAACCUUUAUUUCUCAAAUUAGAACACCACAGAGACAGGGAAUGCUUAGCUAUUGAAAAUACUGAUGCUCUUCUCUUAAGCUUUCUAACAGAAGGGAGACCAGUUCAUGUGUCGGACACAAUGUGGCAAGGCAUGGCUGUUUCACAAAUGUGUGCCUUUAUCAGGGUUUGGCUGCAGGCAGUUUUUAAGCUACUCUAAUGACUGAAGGGGGCAGGGAGAAACAGAAAUACAACGUUAUUUAUCAGCAAGCUGUAAUGUCACUGUAAAUUUAGAUACACUGUAAAAAAAGAGGGAAAUAUGGUUGUAUUUAAUGAAUUGCAGACGUGUCAGUGUGUUUGUUGUAUGAUGUUAAAAGCAAGAAGGAUAGGUAUGGGUAAAGCGGACAUUUUUGAUGAUGUGAAGUGCUCGGCUACUGCUGGUGAGACAGACAUAGAGGAAGAAAUGUUAAGAAUGACUGCUGAGUGGAAACAGAGGGUGUGAUGGAGACUCAGUGGCAGCUGCAGUCGAGCAGGACCCCACCUGCUCCCAUUAUUUUGGCUGGAGGCUGGGCUCCUAAUGCCUCUGUUUAUGCAACAUGGUACUUAUAUUGACGGGGAGUGGCUAGAGGGCUCUGGGCUGGACGUAUACAUGGAUGAGAGCUAAUGAUCUGUUAUUGACUAUAUGAUUGUCAAAAUGCCCUCCAAGAUCCUUUUUUGCCUCUACGAAAAAGGUCUCUACUGUACACCAUUUAACACUGACAUGGGACUAUUUAAAAAGACAGCAAACACAUUAAAUAUAAGACUAUAUAUAUAUAUAUAAAGAAACUAAAUGAAAAAAGGAAUAUACAUUCCAAGGUAAUUUCUGUGAAAUUGUUUUGUAGAGAAAAGGUUUUAAGAAUGUAUUGUACUUUUAUUUUGAUUUGUUGGUUUUUUGCAAAUAAAAUUUUAUGCUUACGUCCGGAUAAUA